ACAGCGCCCGUGCGGCUCCGGCGCUUCCCGCUGCCUCUGCGCGCACGCAGCGCCAAGGUGACUCCCAAGGCCGAAUACCCCACCGCUUCCACGCGGACAACAUGGCGGAUCAAGACCACGAAACGAGUUGCACUCACAGCAUUCGGGGACUUGGAUUCCCUGUCUGGAUUCCUUUCUUGGCUGACCGGCAUCCGAACGAAUGGCUCCGGUGAGGGCUGGGUUGGCGCCGCUAUUGCGUCUCGUUGCUCCGAUUUCGGAGGCCCCUGCGUCAUUAUCCCAUCUCCGCGCCGGCGUGAGCGGGCGUUCACCCGCGUGGAUUUCACCGCCCGAAUGAACCACACGCCGCGCCGCGCUGCGCCGCGCCCAACUUUCCUUCAACGCCACGCUGCAGCAUGGAUG